AUGCCCACGUCCUCUCCCCUCGCGGACCAUGCCUCCAUGACAGAAAUUGCUCGCGACAAAGUGCGCCAACAUGUUGGAGCAGCCACAGCUGCUGCUACCAUCCCUAUCUCGACCAAGAAGAAGGACCCGGCUGUGUGUCCUACCGACGACGAAGCCAUUACGCCCCGAAACAAGACGCGAUCCUGGGACUAUGUCUGGAGGUCUGGUGUAGCCGGAGGUCUGGCGGGCUGCGCUGCCAAGACGUUGGUCGCCCCGCUAGAUCGAGUCAAGAUUCUCUUCCAGGCCAGUAACCCCCAAUUCGCGAAGUAUACAGGAUCCUCAUUUGGCGUUGCAACCGCCAUGAGAGCCAUUUACCAUUACGAAGGCGGCCGAGGACUCUUCCGCGGUCACUCCGCCACGCUGCUGCGUAUCUUCCCCUACGCCGGCAUCAAGUUUCUGGCUUACGAGCAGAUUCGAGCCAUGCUCAUCCCCGGAAAAGAUUAUGAAACGCCGCUGCGACGUCUCCUCAGUGGCAGUCUUGCCGGUGUCACAUCCGUCUUCUUGACAUACCCUCUGGAAGUCGUCCGAGUACGCCUAGCGUUUGAAACGAAGCGAGACGGCCGCUCCUCGUUGACGUCCAUCUGCAGACAAAUAUACAACGAGAGCCCUGUCCAGAAGGCGGCUACAGCAAGGCUUCCCAACGCCCCAACCCCUGUUGCCGCAGCCGCACAGACUACUGUAGCAGCUGCCGACUCCAUUGUUCCGAGAAGAGGUGUCGUCAACUUUUACCGCGGCUUUGCGCCGACCCUGCUGGGCAUGCUUCCGUACGCUGGCAUGUCCUUCCUCACCCAUGACACCGUCAGCGACAUGCUGCGCCAUCCCUCAAUCGCUAAAUACACCACUCUACCUCGGCGAAAGACUCAGCCCGAGGGCAGGCCUGCUCCGCUGCGAUCAUGGGCCGAGCUCACGUCCGGCGGUAUCGCUGGCCUGAUCUCACAAACCUCCUCAUAUCCAUUGGAAAUCAUCAGGCGGCGCAUGCAAGUAAGCGGCGCUGUUGGUGAUGGCCACAGGAUGCGACUGCGCGAGACAGCCAGACUCAUUUUCCAGGAACGUGGCUUCAGAGGAUUCUUUGUUGGCCUGACGAUUGGUUACGUCAAGAUUAUCCCCAUGGCGGCUGUGAGCUUCUAUACAUACGAGCGCAUGAAGCUAGUAUUUGGCAUAUAA